UGACCCUGCUCUGUAAAGAUACCCAAUUCACUGCGUGCAAGAUGCCUACCACACUCAAAGAAUUCGAAAGCGUAUGGCCGCGCAUUGUUGCCGACCUCCAGGAGCACUGCAAUGGGUACAAACUGCCCAAGCAGUCCCUUGAUUGGUUCACAAAGUCGCUCGACUACAACACUGUUGGCGGAAAAUGCAACCGUGGCAUGUCUGUCAUUGACACCACUUCAAUCCUCCAGAAAAAGACUCUUGACCCCUCAUCAGAGGAAUACUUCCGUGCUGCUCUCCUAGGAUGGAUGAUCGAACUCCUCCAGGCUUUCUUCCUGGUUUCCGACGACAUCAUGGAUUCUUCAAAGACCCGCCGUGGUAGCCCUUGCUGGUACCUUGCACCCAAGGUUGGCAUGAUUGCCAUCAACGACGCUUUUAUGCUCGAGUCGGCCAUUUACGUACUUCUUAAGAAGCACUUCCGUCAAGAGAAGAGCUAUGUCGACAUGAUGGAGCUGUUCCACGAGGUUACAUUCCAGACGGAAUGCGGCCAGCUGUGCGAUCUGCUGACUGCACCCGAAGACGAUGUCAACCUUGACAACUUCAGCCUUGACAAGUUCACUUUCAUCGUCAUUUACAAGACUGCCUACUACUCUUUCUAUCUCCCGGUCGCACUGGCCCUCUACUACGCCGGUGCAGCAACGCCAAAGAACUUGCAGACUGCAGAAGACAUUCUCAUCCCCAUGGGCGAAUACUUCCAGGCACAAGACGACUACCUUGACGCUUUCGCCGACCCCUCCGUUCUCGGCAAGAUCGGUACAGACAUCAUGGACAACAAGUGCUCGUGGUUGAUCAACCAGGCUCUGAAGAAGGUCAACCCCGAGCAACGGAAAUUGCUAGAGGACAACUACGGCCAAAAGGACUCACAGAAGGAGGCCAAGGUCAAAGAGUUGUACCACGAGCUGAAACUGAAGGACUUCUACGAGCAGUGGGAAGAAGAGCGCGUUGCCGACUUGAGGGCUAAGAUCGACAAGGUCGAUGAGAGCGAGGGCUUGAAGAAGGAGGUCUUUGAGACCUUCCUCCAGAAGAUUUACAAGAGGAGCAAAUAAGCCGAUGACUAAAUAUACCAUGGACCGUAAAGCCACUUAAUUGCUGACGAUAUAUAACGAGUCAAUCUGAAACCCUUUAUACCACUUAUGUUGACCUGCUAGUCUACCUCUGUUCUGGGGUGUUUGCUACUUGUCUACCUUCGGAAUUAGGGUCCUUGUUAUCCAGAGCGGUGUAUUUCAUAUAUGCAGCUAUGAGCACAAGUAUGUGAUAAGGGUGAGAAAACAAUCGCG